AUUUGACAACUCAAGAUUUCAUUUAUGGCAGCUGAGUGCAGCAAAAAUCGUUCUGCAAUUGGAAAAAUAAAAGUGUCGAAAGCAUUUUCCCAACAUGUCCGCAUUAUUUAAUGGACUAAAGGCUGCACAGAAGUUGCAAGCUGCGAAUCCUAAGCUAUUGCAACAUGUAGCGAAACGCAUGGCUAGCUGGAACAAAGAUUACAAACCUGCUCCGAUUCCGAAAGAUGAGAAAGCAUGUGAAGCUGCGGCCAAAAAAUACUAUCUACUGCCAGAGGAAUAUCGUCCAUACGCAGACAAUGGAUUAGGCUAUGGUGACUAUCCCGAUUUGGGUAAAAGUCUUGGCAUUGAAUCGAAAGAUCCUUACUACCCAUACGACUUCCCCGAACAUAAACGCAAUCUACAUGAAACUUUCCAUGCUGAUAUUGAUUUAUAUGGUGAAGAUCGUUACUCACAACCAGAGCAACCUAGAUUCACAAAGUCACAAUACUGGCUAAGUUUUCUGGGUGUGAUGACAGGUUGCUUCGUUUUAUAUUACUGGCUGGAGGAUUACCGUAUGUAUCGACCAGUUGCUGCCAAACAAUACCCCGGUGAUGGCAAAAAACACUACACAUUCGAACGUGAAUAAAAAAAAUGGAAAUAAGCUUUCUAAUGUAUAUUGUUUAUCAAAUCGUUGUAUAUGAAACUUUUGCAAGUUGCGAAGAAAAAUAUAGUAGAUAAUGUGGAUAACAUUUUGAAUGUAAGGAA